AUGGUUACCCUCACGAAGAUAAUGGAAAGGGUCCAAUUGAAUCCCAUUGAUGAGGUUGCGGAGGCGUCAGCAGCCGAUGAACAGAGAAAGGCGAGUGAUGACAAACAAGUUGCUGAUUCUCAUACUUUGGAAUGGCUCCUCCUCCCCUGUUCCUCCUCUGUUUCAUGCUCUGCAUGGCAGCACACUCCCAGUCCCACAAAAGGAAAAUUCAUAGCCGCCAAACCCCUCAACAUCACACACUCCCACAUCGUCUCCUGCCAAUCCCCUGCAUGCGCCGCAGCACACUCCUCCAUGCACCCCCACGACCUCUGCGCCAUCGCACGUUGUCCCUUGGACAGAAUCGAAACCUCCGACUGCUCCUCCGCCACGUGUCCACCUUUCUACUACGCCUACGCCGACCGAAGCUUCGUGGCGCAGCUCCACCGCCACACCCUCUCCAUCUCCUCUCUCUCCCUCAAAAACUUCACCUUUGCCUGCGCCCACACCGCACUCGCCGAACCCACCGGCGUGGCGGGUUUCGGUCGAGGCUUAUUAUCCCUCCCCGCGCAGCUUUCAACGCUUUCUCCCAACCUCGGUAACACCUUUUCUUAUUGCUUAAUUUCCCACUCCUUCCAACGAGUUCCCACGCCGAGUCCACUCAUUCUUGGCCACUACGAUGAUUUUAACCACCGCGGGGAAUUCGUUUACACGCCCAUGAUUCCCAACCCUAAGCAUCCUUACUUCUACUGCGUCGGACUCGCCGGGAUUUCCGUCGGGGAGACGAAUAUUCCGGCGCCGGAGAUGCUCCGGCGAGUGGACCGCCGCGGGAACGGCGGCGUGGUGGUGGACAGCGGGACCACUUUCACGAUGCUGCCGGCGAGUUUGUAUGGGUCGGUGGCGGGUGAGUUGGAGCGGCGAGUGGGGCGAGUUGCGAAGCGCGCGAGUGAGGUGGAGGAGAAAACGGGCCUCGGGCAGUGUUAUUUUUUGGAGGGGUUGGUGGAGGUGCCUAAGGUGACGUUGCACUUUGUGGGGAAUGGGAGUUAUUCCAGUGUGGUGCUGCCUAGGAGGAACUAUUUUUACGAGUUUUUGUACGGUGGAGAUGGGGUUGAGAGGAAGGUGGGGUGUAUGAUGCUGAUGAACGGCGGUGAUGACGCUGACUUGAGCGGUGGGCCCGGGGCUGUACUUGGGAACUAUCAGCAGCAGGGGUUUGAGGUCGUCUAUGACUUGGAAAACCAGCGCGUGGGCUUUGCUAAAAGGCAAUGCGCGUCGCUUUGGGAUAGCCUCAACCGUCACAAGAUUGAAAGCUAGUGUAUACUCUGCUCUACUAUGCUCUGCCUACCACUGGAUUGCUUCUCAACUGGGUCGGGUCUAUUGUAAAUGGAAAAUAAGACGGCGGAUUUGGGUUUGGGCCCUAUAUCCAAGUCCAGGAACAUGUGCAUGAUAGGAGAAUUUACUCUCUUUUACACUGUAUUUAAUUGACACUAGGUAAAAAGUUAAAAAAGUAAAAAAGUAAAAAAGGUGAAGCCCUAUAGAUUACAGGUUUAAAGUUCUUAUUUUGUUUUAUGAUCUUAUUUUUUUGUCAAUUGUGUUCCAUCGUUGUAUUACAGAUUUUAUUGGGGGUUGGUCUGCAUAGAGGAUUGCAAACAUAUUGGUCGAUUCUAAAAAAUAUGUUCCUUAGGAAAUUCAAAUAUAUUGAAUUUUAAAAAAUAUUUUUAAUAUUUCUUAUUGUA